AUGGGGAGCCCGAACCAAGGACGCGGCGUUGACGGUGGCGGCGAGGAGGGCGGCGCCGGGUCGUGGCGGCUGCGCAUGGACAGCGGCGGCUUCACCGUCCCGGACCGGUUCCACCGCCAGCCGCCGCCCUUCUACGCCAGGAUCUUCGUCGGCGGCUCGCACGGGAAGCAGAGGAAGAUCGCAAAGUACUACAAGAAACAAGAAAAUCUACUCAAGGAUUUCAGCGAAAUGGAGACCAUGAACGAACUUGGUGGCUUAGAUCCGAAUGCUGCUUCUUCCGAGGAAGAGCAGAAGCAGUUGGCAAAGAGCGAGAGGUUUGCUAUUAACCUGUCGAAUGUAAUCAAUCUGAUCCUCUUCGUCACAAAAGUCGUUGCUUCAAUCGAAAGUGUAUCCAUGGCGGUUAUAGCGUCGACGCUGGACUCUCUAUUGGACCUCCUGUCAGGGUUCAUACUUUGGUUCACGGCGUACAAAAUGAAAAAGCCCAACAAGUACAACUAUCCGAUUGGAAAGCGGCGCAUGCAACCAGUGGGAAUAAUAGUUUUCGCAUCAGUAAUGGGCACACUUGGCUUCCAAGUGCUGAUUGAAUCAGGGCGCCAGCUCAUAACUCAGGAGCACGCUAAAUUCGGGCUCAAGCAAGAGCUUUGGAUGGUAGGCAGCAUGUCCUCUGUUGCGGUCGUGAAGUUCUUCCUCAUGCUCUACUGCCGAACGUUCAAGAAUGAGAUCGUGAGGGCCUACGCCCAGGACCAUUUCUUCGACGUGAUCACAAACUCGGUCGGCCUGGUCUCGGCGCUGCUCGCCGUCCGGUACAAAUGGUGGAUGGACCCACUUGGCGCCAUACUGAUCGCGUUGUACACUAUCACAACGUGGGCGCGGACGGUGCUGGAGAACGUGGGCGCGCUGAUCGGCAAGUCGGCGCCGGCGGAGUACCUGACGAAGCUCACCUACCUGAUCUGGAACCACCACGAGGAGAUCCAGCACAUCGACACGGUGCGAGCCUACACCUUCGGCACGCACUACUUCGUGGAGGUGGACAUCGUGCUCCCGGGCGACAUGCCGCUCAGCCAAGCACACGACAUCGGCGAGUCGCUGCAGGAGAAGCUGGAGCAGCUGCCCGAGGUCGAGCGCGCCUUCGUCCAUGUGGACUUCGAGUUCACGCACCGGCCCGAGCACAAGGCCGAGGUCUGA